AUGAGAAAAGAAGAAAAAAAAGAUACAUUAAAAAAAAAGAGAAAAGAUCAUGCUUUCAUAGAAUUUUUAUAUCAGAAUAUUAUAAAAAAAGAAUUGUUUAAUAUAUUUAAAGGAAAAAAUUAUAGUAAUCAUAAAAGAAAAGAAAAAUGUGCUAUCGAAAAUUUUAAUGAUAAAAAAGAGAAUAGUAACGACAAAAUUACCAAUGAAGAUGAAGAGUACAUACUUUUCUUGAGAUAUAUUUAUAAUGAUGUGUCAUCAUUUAUUGAAAAUAAUAAAAAUUAUUACUUUAUAAAUUCUAACUUUUUAGAUAUUGAAGAUCUCAUGAUUAAUAUUUGUAAUACCAUUUGUCAUAAAACUUUUAAAAAUAUAAAAACAAUAUUUGAUUCACCAGAUGAAAAAAAAAAUUCUAAAACAAAUAAUUCUACUAAUGAAACAUUUAAAGAUGAAAGUAAUAUUAAUAUAAAUGAUUCUUUUUUUUUUAUACCCCCAUUGGAAUAUAUUGUAUCAUAUAUUAAUAAAUUAAGUGGUGACGGUAUUGAUGAAUUUAUUAAAAACAACAAUUUUGAUAAAAAAAAUUUAUUUGAUAAUUCUACGAGUAAUGAAGUAUUAAAUAAUGAAAUUAUUAAUAAAUAUGUAAAUUUAAAUGAAGAAGAGGACGUAGAGCAACUUCAAUCAAAUUGCUAUCUAAAUACUGAUCAAUAUUUUAACUAUAAUGAGAAAGAUGAGAAAAAAUAUCGGAAUAUAAAAGUAGAGUUUUUUUCUUUAGAAGAAAAAAAUUUAAAUGAUAAAAAAGAUUCAGAAGAGGAUGUUAUUUAUAUCAAUAAAAGGUUUAAUCACGAUAAAUACAUUUAUUUAAAUAAUAAAAUUGAUGAUUACCAUGAUGAACAAAAAUGUGAUGAACUUGAUGAAAACAUACAUAUUAAUUAUAUGUUGAACACAGAUAAAAAAGAAAAUGUUGAUUGUGAUAUUUAUAAUGAAUAUGAAAAUAAUUUUCUUUAUAAACAUUCGGAGAUUUAUGAUUCCUCCUAUAAGGACUUAUCAAAGAAUAUUAACAGUGUAUUAUCGCAUUUGGAAGAAAAAGGUGUUGUUGAUUUCGAUUCGGAAAACUUAAACAAAAGUUCUUUAUGCAAUUCAUAUUAUUCUAGUAGUAUUUUCUCGAAGAAUAAAAGUACAAAUGCAAAUUUUUCGAAUAGUGAUUCUUCUGAUAAUGAAGAAGUAAGUGAUGUUUUAUUAAAUAAUAAAAAAACGGAAGAAAAAAAAAAUAUCAUUUCUUUAAAUAAUGAAAUAUUGAGGAAUAAUUGCGAUAAUAACGAUACUCUAUAUCACAUGGAAAAUUAUAUGAAUAGUAAUGAUUCAAACAGAAAAUCCAUUGAAUACAAGUAUUUCAAUGAAGAAGAAAAUAAAAUUGGACAAAAUAAGUAUGUUUCCAACACGAGUUAUAUCUUUGAUUCAACCAAAACUAAAAAAGAUAAUUUAUAUGAAGGAAAAUUUGAAGGAAAUAUUUAUAAUGAUAUAAAAAAUAAAAGUAGUCAUUAUAAUAACUCCAAUAUUAAUAAUAAUGGAUCUAAUAAUAUUGGUAUUAACAAUGAUGAUAAUCAUGUUAUAAAUAAUAACAUUAAUGAUAUUGAUAAUAAUAAUGAUGUUAAUAAUAUUAAUGUCAAUAAUGAUGAUGACGUUAACAUUAAAAAAGAUAAGGAUGAUAUUGAUAUUAAUAUUGAUAAUAACCAUGUUUCCAUAUAUAAUAACAUUAAUGAUAUUGACAUUAAUGGAUGUAAUGCUAAUGAUAUUGAUAUUAAUAGUAAUACUAAUAAUCAUAAUUUUAUUAAUAGCGAUAUUAAUGGCAAAGACAAUUAUAAAAAUAAUGUUAUGAAUGUUAAUAACAAUGAUAUUUACAAUAACAAUGUUAAUGAUAAUAAAGAAAGUGCAAAGCAUAUAAAUUAUGAAAUAAGCAAAUUAAAUGAAAAUAUUAACAAACUUAAUUCAUGUAUGAAACAAAGUAAAUAUAAAAACUGCGAUGAAAACAUAAAUGAUAUUGAACAUAAAUUGAAUAAAGAGUAUAAUAAAGCAGAAAAAGUUUAUAUACAAAAAAUUAAUGUUCUUAAUGAAAAAAACUCGAAAGAGAGAAAUAAUGAUGAAAAAAAAAUAAUUAAAUUUGACGAAAAAGAAUAUCAAGAAAAAUUGCAAAAAUUAUUAACGAAUAAAAAUUACUUAAAAAAUGAAUCAAAAGAAUUUACGAAAAAUAGCAAUUUGCAUGAUGAUUAUUAUUAUUUCAAAUAUUUAAAUAAUUAUGAAAAUAAAAUCAAUCCACAUUAUUAUACAAGAGUUGAAAAAAAAGCAAAUAUACAAGUAACUCCCUCCCCAUUCCCUCAAUUUUUAAGAGAUAUACAAAUUUUUAAUAUUCCUCAAAAAAAAAUUAGAUUAAAGAAAACUAAUGUAAUUUUAAAUAAAGAAGGGGAGAAUAAAAAAAAAGGUAAGAAAUCAAAAAAGAAAAAAAAUGUAGUAGAAAAUGAAGAAAAAGAUGAAAUAGAAUAG